AUGACUGUACAAGGAUGGUAUCCAAUUCACUAUGCAGCAUCAACAGGCAAUUAUAAGUGCUUACAAUUAUUGUUGCAAACACAAUUCUAUCAAGAAAACAUCAGUAUUCCAAUUGCAGAACAACAUAUUUCCGAAAACUUGCGUUCAACUACAGCAUUGCAUGUAGCAGUUACAAAUAGAUGCUACGCACAAGCAAUUAUGCUCAUAUCUGAACUUCCAGAAAUAAAAUAUUUUUCUGGAGGGAAAAACAAAGACUUUGGCCAGUCAGGGAAUGAAUCUUUUCAAUCCUGCGAUGUCUGUCAGCUCUCUUCUUACGGUAAUUCUGCUCUACAUAUUGCUGCUUUCUUAGGUGAUGCAGAUAUGUUUGAAAUUUUGAUGAAUUCUGCACCAGACUUAUCAAUAUUGAACAAAGAUAAGAAAACGCCACUUGAUAUUGCAAAACAAAGAAAGAAAGCUAAUAUUAUUAGUUUAAUACAAAAUAAUUCUCCAAGGAGCUUAGAAGAGCUGAGACCUAAGUACUUUACACUAGAAGAUCAAUCCACUCUGAAGAAUACUAAAAAUAUUAUCGAAUUAUCAGAAGAUAUCGAAAGAUUAACUAGCGUUAUCGAAACAAUGAAAUCUCGUAUUGCGGAACUUGAAACAAAGAACUCUACUAAUUCUCAAACCAAAUAUUGCGAUAAAUGCGGAAAUAUAUUGCUUGGCGUCUCGAAAUGCCCUGUUUGUGAUAAAUAA